UUGUAGAAAGAUAUCCCAGCGGCAUUCUAACUUUUCGGUCUUCACUCUUUACUUGGGGGUCAUCACCUGUUGCUGCUAACAAGCUCUCUUUUCAAUAAUUUAUCUUCAGAAGAUAAUCAACGAUAAUCCCUCGCCGAUUAUCCUUUCCAAAAAUGGCUUUAGCCAAACCACUGAUUGCGGGUAUCAUCUUGGCUGUCCUUCUGGAAAGUCAAGUAUUUUGUGAUGGUUCCUCCUCCUCCUCUUCAAGUGGUGGCGGUGGUGGUGACAAGUCGGACUCCAUACCUAUAUUAGCUUCAGGGAAACGUCAACAUAAUAUCAUGAGGUUCGGAAAGCGACCAGCAGGUGGGCAUAAUUUAAUCCACUUUGGAAAGAGGGAAGAUACAUCUAAAACGCCUCAGCAUAGUUUCCUUUAUUUUGGUAAAAGGGAUGAAGAUCAAACUGCUAUUCCAGAUAUCAUCCAGUAUCUCCAGAGAAGUCGUGACAAUUCUUAUAAAAGAGGACAUACCAUCAUGAGGUUUGGAAAGAGAGAUCACAACAUGAUGAGAUUUGGAAAGAGAGAAGACGGUGAGGAUGUUUAUGAUAGUUAUUACCCUGACAAUUUACCAGAAGAAGACAAGAGAGAAGGACAUUCUAUGAUGUACUUUGGAAAGCGGGAUGGUCACUCUAUGUUGUAUUUCGGCAAGAGAGGCCCAGGUCAUGCCAUUUUGUCCUUUGGCAAAAGGGACGACGGGAAAAGAGCUCAUAGUAUGAUUCAUUUUGGAAAGCGUGAAGAUGAAGGCGAUGAGAGUGAUUUACCGCAAGAGGACAAAAGAGCACAUUCCAUGAUUCACUUCGGGAAACGAGAAUUCGACAAUGAUAACGAAGAGAAACGUGAUUCUCAUUCGAUGAUUCAUUUCGGGAAGAGGAUCUGGGAGAAUGAUGAUAAUGUUCCGUACUACUGGAAUCCCGAAUCUUCUGAAAAAAGGAAUCAUAACCUGCUGAGAUUUGGUAAGAAGACGGAAGGAUCUCGCAAGGGAUCUCAUGCCAUGAUCCAUUUCGGAAAACGAGAUGACGAUAGCGAAGUUAAGAGAGCACAUGCCAUGAUCCAUUUUGGCAAGAGAUCAGUUGACGAACAUUUGGAAGCUAGCACCGAAAGGAAUCAGCUGCAGGCUGAUGCUAAUUAUUCCGCGAAAAAUCUGAGUAGAAUGAAGAGAGAUUUAUCUGAUGGGCAUUCUCCUCUUGUCACAUUUGUCCAUUACGAUCCGGCUGCCGAACCUGAUGCAGAAAUUUUUCCUCAUGACGAUGACCUCCAAAAUUCCGCUUCACCCUCUUUUUACCAUCCAGAAGGGUUGGACGGAACUCUAGAAUACCCAGAUUACGAGCAAAAUAUUAUGGCACCAUAUGAUGAGUACAAACAACUUGGAAAGAAAGAUGGAUCCAAAAAUGUUUUCUUGCGUUUUGGUUAAAAUAAUUUUUGCUUAAAUUAUUUAUUUCUUUUAUGUGUAAUUUUAAGCAGUUUUUCAAACUGCGUGGAUGCUACCGAAUCGUUUUGCUGUAAUUUUAAAGAAGUACUGGGCAUGAAAAAGAGCUUUGAAUAUCAUAUCCUCUUGUGUACAUACUAAACCGAUUUAAAUCAUACCAAAAAUUAAAAAGAACAACCAAAUGGAUUUAUUUUUAAGAAUUCAUGUUUUGAAAUUGUAAUUUGCUUAGGAUUCUUAUUCCUGGAAUGAUAAUCAAGUGAUUUACUUUGGAAGAUUUCGUUUCAAAAUAAGUCUUUAUGAAUGAUGUAUGUAUUAUGUGUAAUAUGACUGGUGAACUCUGAAUAUGUAAGUAAAAUAAUAAAUGUUAAUAAAUUAAUCUGUUUUUGUCUAUUA